GGAUUAUUGAGCAUUCAGUUCACCAGCACAGGCACAGCUGUUACUGGCUUCGUUCAGAUAAUUGUAAAAUGCAGCUACAUUUCUGGUGAAGGAUGACUGAGAAUGAAAACAGGCAGCCAGAGGCUACAGGAGGGGGUCUGUAUAGGGAGUAUAUCUCCAAUCCAUUGAUGAGUGACACUGCAUCAGACUGGUCCCCACUGCAUGAUGCUGCUAUUCAUGGACGUCUCUGCUCACUCCAACAACUCAUCAGCCAGGGCCAUGGUGUAAAUCUCCUCACAAUGAACCGAGUCUCACCGCUUCAUGAAGCCUGCCUUGGUGGACAUGCUACCUGUGUAAAAUAUCUGUUGGAGCAGGGUGCUAAGGUAAAUGCAGCUACAAUUGACUGGAACACUCCACUCUACAAUGCAUGCUACAGUGGCAGUGAGGCCUGUGUAAACCUGCUCUUACAAAAUGGAGCUGUGCCCCAAGGACAAUGUGCAUUGGCAUCACCCAUCCAUAUAGCAGCAAAGAGAGGGCACACACAGUGCAUGACCACCUUGUUGAAUCAUGGGGCACUCAUUGACUACAAUGUCACACAUUCGGGGACACCCCUUUACGUAGCCUGUGAAAAUCAGCAGAUGGACUGCGUGAAAACCCUCCUAAACUCAGGUGCCAACGUUAACACGAGCAAAAACCUUGAAUCUCCACUUCACGUGGCAACCAAGAAUUCAGAUACACAACUAGUCAAUCUGCUGCUAGAACAUGGAGCAGAUACUGAUGCUAAGAAUGCUGAAGGAAAGCGGCCUGUGGAACUCGCAUUACCAAACAGUUCUUUAGAAAAAUUACUUCUACAAUGGGAAGGUCCACUGUCCUUGAAACAGUUAUGCCGACUAUACAUCGGAAAGUGUUUGGGUUGUUCUCGGCCUAUUUCCGUAUCCAAGCUACCUAUCCCACAGCAGCUAAAGGACUUUCUGUGCUACAGAUAGUAGUAGUAGUAGUAGUAGUAUGAGACUUGCAUCCGGUGUUAGGAGAUGCACCUGUUUAAUUUGAAAUAAUACUUACCAAACUCUCUUUCCAUAACUGCAGCCUGAGACUAUUAGGCUCAGAGGUAUGUACAGUACCAGAUUUCAGUCCUGUUGUUCUGAGUGUACUGCUCGCAUUGUAGUAGUACAAUCACUGCCUUAAUUUGUUACUGUUACCAGAGUACCUCAAAAUUAUAUGGGGUGGGAGGAAACUGAUAUAUUGCAAAAACAAAAUAAGAACGUUUGUAAACCAUUUUGCUUGAAA